CCAAUGUGAGCCAGAAUUCCACAAGUGUCGAGGUUAUAUACAAUUGUUAAUUGAUUUUUCAACCAUCAAUCUGUUAAUUUUCCUCUCAAUCACGUGAAUUGUAUGAGUUAUAAGUUCUUUUGAUGAGUUUUCACAUUUUCUUCGUAAGACCUUGGUGAGACAGGUUUUGUUUGCAGUAAAAUAAAAAAAAAAUAACCUAAAAAACGCCCUCUGUGCUACAGUCAACAUGUGGCAGUUGAUUACUUUUCAAAUUCUCAGGAUGUUAACGACGUCAACGUUCUCUUUGUUGUAUUAUUAACGUAUUUUAUCCCGUUUUUGAUAUAAUAUAAAGUGAAUUUAUGUGAAAAGUGAACAAUAAUGACGGGUGUUGUGAGAGAGUCAACAAUUUCCCAAAAUGAUCCCGAUACGCGAAAAUCAGCGGAGGAAAUGGACCAGCAGAGACAAAAGACGAUGGCUUAUGAAUACUUGUGCCAUCUCGAAGAGGCUAAAAAAUGGAUGGAAGCCUGUUUGAAGGAGGAGUUACCCCCAACUACUGAACUGGAAGAAAACUUGAGGAAUGGAGUUUACUUAGCCAAACUGGCACACUUCAUGGACCCAGAAAAAUUGCCAUUAAGCAAAAUCUAUGACAUUGAGCAAAAAAGAUACUCCGUUGCAGGACUACAGUUCCGGCAUACGGAUAAUAUAAAUUACUUCUUAAUGUGUUUGAAGUCAAUGCAGUUACCUCUGACAUUCCAACCGGAAACAACGGAUAUCUACGACAAGAAGAACAUGCCCCGAGUGAUCUACUGUAUCCAUGCCCUGAGUACCCAUCUCUUCAAGCUGGGCAGGGCACCCCAGAUCCAGGACCUCUACGGAAAAAUAAACUUCACGGACGCCGAGAUUGACACAGUAAGCGCAGAGCUGAAGAAAUACGGUAUUCAAAUGCCAGCAUUCCAGAAAAUCGGCGGUCUCUUGACCAACAGCAUGGCAGGAGACACAGCAGCCCUUCAUGCUGCAGUGAUUGCCAUAAACCAAUCCCUGACAUCAUCCAACAAGAAGUCACUUUUUACCGGUCUCCAGAAUCCCUCAGCUCGUCUUCGCAACGUGAAUCCAGUUCACAUACAGGAUUACUACGAAGCUCUCCAAACCGCAAAAGAUUUGAAGACUCAAGCAGCCCUUAAUAAAUCUCUCAAUGACAGUUACGUUCCCGAUGCAUACGAUGAACUGUUGACUCCAGCAGAGAUACAAGGCCAUUUGAACAACGUCAACGCCCGUUUAGCCUUCCAAUCUAUCAUGAAUUCCCUCGACUCGCUGGACGAAAUUUUUCUGAAACACCUGCAAUCUCCAGCUCUUCAGCUAAAAGACAUCAUUCCCGAUAAUAUAGAUCGUUAUCGUGUGAUCUUCUUCCCGGUUAUCAACCAAAUAAACCACAAUGAACAAGCUGAAGAGACCAGCAGAUACUGGCAGGAGAUCUUACAAUCGAAAAUACAUCAGGCAAAUGAAAUCGAACGAAAAAUAGCAAAAAGAAAAGCCCUCGUCCUAGCUCUAAACAAAGCCCUUGAAGAAGACAAUAUCGCUGAUUAUUGCAAGAUAAUCCAGAAUCCCGAUCUGGGUAUCAGCCAUCAGGUACAAAAAUUCGCUCUUCGUUUGUACUUCGAUGAGAUGAAGAUCGAUCAUCUAGAGUUACGAGCCAAUAUCACUUACGAUGACAUCGUGAACAGCGUCAAUGUUCUCAAUGCUGUGGCAGCAGUAACGAAAGCUGUAGACACGGGAAAUCCUGACCUCGUUUACGAGACACUAUCAAAUCCUCGGGCCCAUGUGAAGGAUCUUGACGUAUCUAGCAAGGUGAAAUAUUACCUUGCAUUAGCAGCAGCUCGAUCAGACCAGGAAAAAGAUAUUGAAGUCUGUCCUAUUCUGACUUACAUCGACAUUCAGAACUGCAUUGAUGUUGUGAAUCUUGAAUGCAGAAAUGCAAACGACGCGAUCGAUAUCCUGAGGGAUUUAAACGUAGCUGUGAAUACUAACAAUCGUAAGGGGGUUAUAGAGUCUUUGACAAAUCCCUCCUUGAAAUUGAACACUCCAAUCUCUCGAGCAGAUGCUACUCUUUAUCUAGUACUCUUCAAACGUUGUCUCGAUGACAAUCACCGAGAUGGCUCUCAACUCUGGCUUGAAGAUAUUGAAAACGUUGCCCAGGCAGUUGUAUCGGAGGUUGCACAUGUUAAGCAUGCCUGUCACGUUUUUUCUGAGAUCAACAAGAAUCUAAAAGCGAACAAUUUUUACGAAGUAAUGGUUCGUUUAGAGGCCAUAGGACUCAAGAUCUCCGAUCAAUACAAGAAAAAGUACUUUCAAGCGUUAAAGGCCCUCAGGAGCUACAAAUCAAAGCAGUAUAAAUGUUCUUUCGUUCGUUACGUGAGUCCGUCGAAAAUUGAGUCUUUCUUGGACCUCGAAAAGUUCAGUUACACGUGGGACAAGCCCAGAAACAUUUCUGAAAGUCGCUUUGUGACUAAAGAUGAUAUUGAGGAAAUAAUCAGGACAAUAACUGUGGAGGAAUACAAUAUACCAUCAGAGAGGCUGAACGAGAAACUGAUAAUUCACCUCCAAGCAUUCAUUCGAGGUUAUUUGGUUCGUCAGAGAAUUGCAACACGACUCGAGUACUUCCACGAUAACACUGAUAAAAUUAUAAAAAUUCAGGCUUGGUGGAGAGGAGUCUUGCACCGUCGACUCUACAGGAAAAAGCUAGUGGAGAGGAUUAGAGAAGCAAGAAGUAGAUUGAAGCAACAGCGAGAUCGUCAUGACUAUUAUCGUCAACAUGAAAACAAAAUCAUCAAAAUCCAGGCGUUCUGGAGAGGUAGAUCGGCCCGAAGAGCAUUUCUCUCACUCCUCAGAAUGGAGAAGCCUCCGUUUCCAGUUGUUAGGCACUUCUCAGCGAUUCUCAACUUCAAUGCUGAGGAUUAUGAUAAGGAUCUCCAGCUGCAACAGCUGAAGAACGACGUUGUGCAGACGAUAAGGUACAAUCAAAACUUGUCACAGCAGUUGGACAGCAUGGACAUCAAGAUUGGUCUCCUAAUCCAAAACAGGAUAACACUGCAGGAUGUUAUCGCCCAUGGGAAGAGCUUGGAAACCCUUGCUAAGGAGAAACAUCAACACCGAUCACGAAAGAAUUCCAUUUCUGAAAAUUUGAACAGCCACAAGGGUCUUAAAUCCUUAACGAAGGAGGGAAGGAAGAAGCUGGAGGCAUAUCAGCAUCUGUUCUACGCUUUACAAACAAAUCCCGAAUAUUUAUCAAAACUUUUAUUCUUAAUACCCCAGAGUAAGACGAACAAAUUCCUCCAGAAUGUUAUUCUGACCCUCUUCAACUUCGGUUCCAAUAUGAGAGAAGAAUAUCUUCUCCUCAAACUUUUCGGUAGAGCUUUACAAGAAGAAAUAAGAUCAAAAUUUCAAAAGCCGUCAGAAGUGGUCACUGGAAAUCCUCUGGUUCUAAAAAUGGUGGUGCAUUAUGCGCGACAACUGAAUGGUCGAGCUCUCCGUCAAAUACUUGGCCCAGUUAUUGAGAAAAUCUUAUCAGACAGAUCUAUUAAUAUUGAGACGAACCCAGUGGAUAUUUACAAGAGUUGGAGAAAUCAAUUGGAGAUGGAGAAAGGAGAGAGUCUGGACCUUCCUUAUUCUAUUAACCAACAGCAAGCUCUAAACAAUGAACACGUACGGCAAAGAUUGGUUCGAGGUAUUGAAACCCUUGAGAACAUGGUGGAGGGAUUUCUCAACAGAAUAACAGAAUCAAGGGACACCAUCCCUUAUGGAAUGCUCUACAUGUCGAAGGUAUUGUACGACACUCUUGUCGAGAAAUUUCCUCACGCUGCUGAGAAGGAUAUUCUUAAGGUAGUAGGAAAUUUGAUAUACUAUCACUAUAUUAAUGCUGCUAUUGUCGCUCCGGAUGCCUUUGACAUUGUCACUUUACCGGUAGAUCGUGCGUUGUCCAAUGAUCAGAGAAGGAAUUUAGCUAGUAUCGCGAAAAUUUUGCAAUUUGCAGCUUCUAAAAAGGGAUUCGGUGAUGAGGCGACUCAUUUAAUGUGUCUGAAUCCCUUUAUUAUCGAAUGCCACGAGAAAUUCAAAACAUUCUUCAGGUCUUGCUGUCAGAUACCAGCGUUGGACGAGCACUUUAGUAUUCAUGAGUACACGGAGGCAACUCUGAUCCAUAAACCAGAGAUUUAUAUAUCUGUUCAAGAGAUAUGUGACACCCACCGUCUUGUGCUUGAGUAUCAGUACGAAAUAGCACCAGAUCCAAUGGAUCCACUUCACGAACUGUUGGAUGAUCUCGAGUCAACGCCAACUGUUGCUUCAUUAAUGGGAUUAACUGAACCAGUUUGUGAAGCUACCUUGACACGAAUGGGAAAAACAGAGGUGUGCCUUGUUCUGAACAAUAGAUUUGAAGUUCCUGAUACCGAUGACCAGAGUCUUCAGAAGUUGUUCAUUAAGACAAAGGAGUUAUUAGUGUCGGUGUUGCAAUUCCUCAAAGGGGAUAGUCUUGUGAGUGCCAUUGAAGCUCCAUGCCCCUCUCCAAUGCAGGAGAAAUUGUACGAUGCCAAGCAUUCAUCAAUGUCAUCGGCAACAAACAUAGGUAAAGGAAGUUCAUCAUUGAAUGACUGCAGAGUCCAGCUGAGAGCAUAUUUACAAAAACUCGAGCAAGGGGGCUGGGUUUCUAAAGCUGAUGGUUAUCAGAGCAUCGUAACAGCUGUUGCCAAAGACCUCUGUAAUAAGGGAAAGUAUAGAGCGAGAAGAAACAAAGAAUUGCAGACAUUGAGAAUGACCCGACAACGACUACAGGAAAAAACUAAAUAUUAUACUGAGCAGGUGGAAUUUUACAAUCAAUAUACUCAACGAUGUCUGGAGAAUCUUCAUACUGGGAAGGGCUCUAUGAGAACAGUCAAGGUGACUGAGAAGAAUAAUCAUGAGAAAUUAAAGUCUAAAGCAACUUUAAAAUAUUCAGCAGCUAAACUCGCGGAAAAGGGAGUUCUGUUGGAGAUCAUUGGACUCUCACAGUCACAAUUUAAAAAUGUUAUUUUUGAGAUCACCCCUACUGAACAUAGCGGAAUAUUCACUAUCAAGGGGAAGUUUAUGGGGGUAGAGAUGGAGAAAAUUGAGGUUGACAUUCAGAAAUUGCUGCAGCUGCAAUUCGAGGGGGCUCCUAUCAUGGAUAUGUUUGGAAAGGCCAAAAUCAAUGUUAAUUUGCUGCUGUAUUUGCUCAACAGAAAAUUCUACGGGAAAACUUAGAUUUUAGGAAUUUUAUAUAGUCUUUUUUGUAAUUUUAUAAAAAAACAUACCAUGUGAAACUCAAUCAAUUCGUGAAUGUGAAUUAUUGUAAAUAUCUAUAUUUAUAAGAUUUCAUAUUUUUAAUAAUACAAUGUUUCUUAAUAACUAUUAUAACAUGAGAAGUCAGUAUACUCACUUUCGUGACAGUGCAUCGUAGAUAAUAUCAAAAAUUUUCCAUUAAAUUGAUUAAAAGCAACUUGCCAUCGGUCAAGUGUAGAUGCAUGAAGAACUAUAAAAUAAUUUUAAUAAAAAUUUAAAAAAUACUCUGAA